AUGGGAUUCGUCCUGGCCACCUUCGACGACUUCACUGAUGACAUCGUCUACAAGUUCUUCAAGUUUCGCGGUCCAGUGAUGGGUAUUGCCGGCUCUCUAGCCAUACUACAACUAUCCGGUAGCAUCAUGGUUGCCGAAGCCAAUGAGAGGACAGCUGCACGCUUGAAUGGCGCGAACGGUGAUCCGAUGGCACACCCUAUCAGACUAGCUCUCGACGGACCAUGUCUAGCAACAGCUGAAGAGCUCUACGGUCUACAUCCCCAUCAACUAUACCAGCAGAGACCGAGUGAAGCAGCAAAGCAGUUACGCCGUGUCAUCGUUGACGUCGAGAAAAGUAACAUGCGAAUGCUCGCAGAAAGCGACGGCAAACCUGCCUCCGAGACCGACACUGAUGAUGUCCUACACUGCACUAUCCUGAAGAGGCUAGCACUAGGUGCUCAAGCCUAUCUGAAUCAUGGUGCCAGAGGACGGUAUAUGGACGACUACGUUGUGGCAGCUGAUUCCCGAGCGGAGAUCGAGAUGAUGUUGAGCGGAGAUGAUGAAGUCACCAAGUCUAGGGGUCAACACUUCUCCGAAAAGAAGACCAAACGCAGCUGGGAUAACGUGUUAGCUGACGACAUCUGCGUUGGCUCUGAUGAUGCUCUCCAUCUUACUGCCCUUCGUCGAGGCAUCACUCAGCGGUUGUCACAUCGCAUGUUCGAGACCAAUGACAAGAAGGAGGUCAGCAACCUUCCCGACCAGAUACCCAGUGAUCCCCAACCAUGUCUAGGUGUGCGAUGGCAUCCGAAGUGUGACUCUCUGUCUCUCAAGUCAGACCUUCGUCAUAAGGCCUCAACGGUGACCACAGUCAAGCUUCUCAAGCGUUACGGCAACGGAUUCUACGACCCCCUCGGUUGGCAUCUCGAGCUCUCUAUGCAGCUCCGCCUCCUGUGCCGCCAAGCCAGGUCUAACGCCGACCCGCACACUGGUCACCUCCGCUCUGAGGACACCCAGGCUCUUGUCGCCUGGGAGAAUCAAUUGAAGGCCUUCGACCUAAGGGUCCCCCGACGUCUACGUCGACCAGGUGAAAGUCACUGCAACUCUGUCUGUCUCUUCACAGACAGCCGUGACACCGCAGGCGCUGCUCUGUUGUACGACCUCCACGGCCAGCGUAUUGCAGGUUCAGGGUAUCUCCACCAACUCCAAGGACGUCGUACGGCCCCCAAGUUUGAGCUGGACACCUUGGCGUCAUCGCUGGAGUGGGCAUCGGCUAUGCUUCAGGAGUCCAACGACCACUCUCCUGUCCAUCAUCUUCUGGUCUUCACUGACAGCAGAGAGUGCCUCAAGGUGAAGAACGCUAUCCACCAGUCACAGACCCGUCGUGAAGGCCUUCGUGUGGUGGUAUCGCAUCUCAGCGGCAAGUCUAACCUGGCCGAUGCUCCCCCAAGGUGCCAGCCGAAGUCUUUGUUCAUUGACUCCGACGCUCUCUUCUGCCACAUCCGAGCCUUCCAUGAUGACCUUCUGCGAUGCAACGACGGUGAUCUACAAGCCAGUCCUAUGAUUUUCCGCCUUGACCCAGAGUAUGUUCCUACUGCUCUCCCCACGCGUUGGUCCAAGAAGGAGUCUUCAAAACCCAAGGUUACAUUGGCGUCACUUAGUACAGCGACGACCCCUAGUCCCGCUGGUGAAAGCACUCCAGCUUCCAGCACAAGCACGGUCGCCGACCCCUUGCGUCUGCUUAUACGUCAUCAACAACGCCUCCAUUUGAAGGCCUUCCACAAGUCGCCCUUUCACUUCAAGACUGACGAAGGCCUUAUCUAUCGGUCGACACGUCAAGCGGGUGAUGGUACUAUCUUCAACCAGUUGUCCCAGCGCCCUCUCCAUGCUCCUGCUGGCACCUUCGCGGCUCCUACAGCUGUCUGGCAGUAUAUCGGUCUCGACCACACCGGCCCCUAUGAUGUCCCAGUAAGAGAAGGCUCUCAACGGCUCCCUUAUUGUCUUGUGGCUACUUGUCUGCUGUCGGGCCACCAGCUCGCUGUAGCGGUCUCUAGCACCUCUUUCGAGCAGAUUACGCUGGCCUUCAAGAAGAUAUUGGCCCUUGCAGGGGUUCCUAAAGGCCUUCGGUGUGACAACUCUCAGUCCUUCCGGGGCUCUGAGUUCCGAUGUCUAUGCCUCUCCUAUUCUAUCGAAAUGCAGUUCAUUUAUAGCCGGUCUCCUCAACGUGGAGGUGCCUACGAGCGCCGCCAUGCCGAGCUCAAUGAGCAGCUUCGCCUCCUCCAAGCUCGUGACCAACCAUGUGAUCUCACUGUCCUGGAGGCCACCGCUCGCUCCAAUGCUCAGUUUCGCUGGGAUGACUCCGGUUUGGUCAACUCUCCUUGGGACCUGGCUCGCACUUAUCCUUAUCUACAGUGUGCUACCCUUUCUCCUCCAGUCGACCCCACUUUCCCGAAAGCAUUUCAAGAGCCCUCUGCUCGGGUUAGUGAAUGGCUACUCUCUACUUGGGAGAAGGAUUGUGAAGGACGACGAGUUCGGGCUGGUGAUAAAGCUGCUACUGUCAACACGGGUGACAUUGUCUAUCUCAAGCUGCCCAGACGUGUGACUAAGCUCAGCUCAUCCACUACCGGUCCUUUCCGAGUCCUUCAACGUUGUGGCAACUCAGUCAAGCUGACUCCCAUCACUGGCGCCAACCGUUAUCGGUCUGUCUUUUUCCAGCCCAUCGACAACGUGGUGCGGACGGUUUCUGAUCCUGUCCACGACUCUGAAACGCCCCUGCCUGGGCCCCCAGAGUCUCAUGGAGUUCCUGAUGAGUCCAUUCCUGACAAGGCUCGUAGCGCCGAGGCCACCGUUAGCCCCCAAGUUGAAGAUGAUUCUUCUAAGGCCUUAGCAAGUGCUCAGGACGACGCUCACGUCAACGACACUGCUUCAAGUGCUCUACCUUCGAAGGCCUUCACAUCAACCACCGGCUCUUCAGCAGACGACACAGUCAUUCACGAGCCUUCUUCGACCUCCUCUCGGCCAAGGACUAAACGGGCUAUUGUUCCACGCCGUACCGGUGACCCCCAUCCUGAAGUGAAGAACUUCGCCUACAUCACUUCUUCUGGUCGAGGUGGACUCCAAUGUGGAAGGGUUAUCAGCGUUGACCAAGGCCUUUACCGACUGCAACUAGCAGACCGUUCUGCCGACGGAAACUCUCUAUGUCUUCGCUCUGAUAUGGUCUCUUCUCCGACUGCCUAUCUACUUCGUGUCCAAGGAGACUCUGACGACUUCCCCGACAACAAGACCGAUUUCCGUCUGACUCGAGCGUCCGUCCGUUUCCUUGACAACCUCAAGAUGACCAAGCGCUGA